AUGUUGCGUCCACUCGCAUUGGCAAUUGGGUUAGCUUUAGCUCUGCUGGGGUCUUCUGUCAUUAAAUGUGAUACCUCGAUUCCAGUAGAAAGUUUCAUCAAACACAAAGGUUCUCGGGAUAUUUGGAUAUCUAUUGAUAACAAAGUGUAUGAUGUUUCGGAAUUCUUGAGAUCACAUCCAGGAGGUGCGGAAGCUAUUUUGAAGUAUGCUGGUAGAGAUGCUUCCAAAGCUUUCAAGAAACAACAUGUGGCUUCUAUAUUGGGUUUAUUGCCAAAAUCCGCUUAUAAGGGUGUUCUUGAGGGUUCUUUAGAAGAAGAAUUGAGUGAAGAAGAGAUCUUACUUGAGGAGAUGAAGAAAAAGAAACCGGCAUUGUCCCACAUAUUCAAUGCUAAUGAUUUUGAGUCUGUUGCUAAGCAAAUACUCCCAAAAGAUAUCUACACUUAUUUCGCUACGGGUGCUGAUGAUGAAGCCACUUUAAGAGAAUGUGCCAUGGCAUAUAGUAGGGUUUUUUUCAGACCUAGAGUCUUGCAACAAGUAGAAGAUGUAGAUCUCAGUACCAAUAUGCUUGGAUGUAGUACCGCUUUCCCAUUCUAUAUAACUUCGUUUGCUGGCCAAGCUCAACUUCAUCCAGAAGGUGAGAAGGUCUUGGCUAAGGUUGCCGAUAAGAAUAACAUCAUGUUUAUCAUUCCCAGAUUGGCUACCAAGCCAAUACCUGAGAUCUUGGAGGAGAUUGAUCCUCAAACACCUGUUUGGUGGCAAAUGAGUGCCAACCAUGCAGACCCCAAAUUAGAAAGAGCCUUCGCUGAAGUAGCUAAGUAUGAUCAAAUCAAAGGUAUUUUCAUCUCCACAGACUCGGCUGUUGGAGGUAACAGAGAAAAGGAUUUCAAAGUGAGGCAACAAGUUACUAAUGCUACAUCUGAAUUAAGUGGUUAUGCCGCUAUAGACAAAACUUAUCCUUCUAUCACCUGGGAUGAUAUUAAAAGAUAUAAGACUUUGACUGAUAAGAAGAUCAUUCUUAAAGGUAUUCAGUGUACUGAGGACGUUUUGAAGGCUCUGGAGCUUGGCUUGGAUGGAGUUGUUCUCUCCAAUCAUGGAGGUAGACAAUUAGAUUAUUCACAACCUCCUUUAGAGGUUUUAGUUGAAACUAUGCCCAUUUUACGUCAACAACAAUAUUACGACAAGGAGAAAUUUCAAGUCUUUGUGGAUGGAGGUAUCAGAAGGGGUACUGAUAUAGUCAAAGCCAUUGCUUUGGGAGCUUCUGGAGUGGGUAUGGGUAAAGCUUUUGCCUUCCCGCUCGCCACUUAUGGUGAAGAAGGAGCUCAAAGGUUAGUAGAUCUUCUUAAAAUGGAAUUGAGCAGAGACCUUAAACUUUUGGGUGUUAGUAAGAUAUCCCAGUUGAAUGAAUCAUACGUCAAUACCAAAGGUUUAUACAAUAGAAUUGGUAAUUAUGCGGAUUCAUACUUCAGGAAUUAUGAAAAGCUUCCCGCACCAGUAUUUAUUAAAUAG